AUCGGUCUUCUUUUCUCACCUUAUAUUUACUUGCUCCAGACAAAAUGGUCAAGAUCACUUUCAAGACUGUCCAGAACAAGUUGUUCACUGUCGACGCCCAAGAUUCCGAUACCGUCGCCGACCUGAAGAAAAAGAUUCAGGAGACCCAGACUUUCCCCGUUGAGAACCAGAAGCUCAUCUACUCCGGAAAGAUCCUUAACGAUGCGUCUUCCGUUGAAUCACUCAAGAUCAAGGAAAAGGACUUUUUGGUGGUGAUGGUUUCUAGACCCAAGGCUACCCCUGCGGCCACUCCUGCAGCUCCUGCGACCCCUGCUCCUUCCACCCCUGCCCCCGCCCCCGCUGCCUCUGAACAAGCAUCUGUUGCUAACCCCGCCGUUCCCGCCCCCUCUGCUCCCGCUGCUGAAUCUGCUCCUGCUUCUGCUCCUGCCCCUGCCGCUGAGUCCGCUCAACCAUCUGCUGUUGAGUCUGGAUUGGGUGGCUCCUUUGUCACAGGUCCUGCCUUGCAAGCUGCCAUUGAUGGUAUGGUUGAGAUGGGCUUCGAGCGUGACCAGGUUAUUCGGGCCUUGAGAGCAAGCUUCAAUAACCCUGAUCGAGCUGUGGAGUACCUCAUGAGCGGCAAUAUCCCUUCUGUUGAAGGUACCGCUCCUGCUGCCCCCGCCCCUGCUGCUCCUUCAACCCCUUCUGCGGCCGCCGCCCCCGCUCAACCUGCCGCUCCCUCCGAACCAGCUGCCCAGCCCGUUGCCAGCGCUCCUCCUGCUUCCGCAGGCGGAAGUGCGGAUAACCUCUUUGCUGCCGCUGAGGCUGCCAUGAACCGUGAUCGAGGAGUCCCUGCUGCUGCUGGUGCCCCUGGCCUUCCUGGUGCACCUGGCCUUCCUGGAGCUGGUGCCGGUAUGCCCGGCGGUAUGGGCGGUGGCGAUCAACUCAGCGCUAUCCGCCAAAUGGUCCAACAAAAUCCUGCCAUGAUCCAGCCUCUUCUUCAACAAAUUGCCACUGAACAUCCAGAACUUGCUCAGCUCAUCGCUCAAAACCCUGAGGCUCUGUAUGAACUUCUCGGUGGUGGCGGUGGUGAAGGUGAUGAUGACGACGAGUUUGGAGAAGGGCCCGUGAUGAGGGUGAAUCUGACACAGGAGGAGGCUGCUGCGGUUGAGAGGCUCGAAGCACUCGGGUUCGACCGUCAAACAGUCCUUCAGGCAUACAUGCUUUGCGACAAGAACGAAGAAUUGGCUGCCAACUUUUUGUUUGAGAACAUGGAGGAGGAUCAAUAAUAGAGAGUUUUGGGGAGUUCAUAUUGAUGGUGUAGCAAAGUUUUGAAGUUCCGGUCUUUUGACCAGUCUAUAGGAUUCUUAAUCUCCAGUUCUCCUUAACGCGUAUGAUAUGCUAUUGAAACGAGAUUUUCUUGAACUCUG